AUAAUACAUGUAUAUCUCAGAAAAUGUCUAUACAAUAAACCGCGUGUACAGAAUUCACACACUUCGUAUUGGAUUGUUCAGUGGAGGAGGUACAUGAGAAUCAUUGAAAUAUGGGAACACGGACACCACGGGUCUCCCCGGACGGUGGUUGGGGCUGGGCAGUGGUGCUGGGUUGUUUUCUGGUACACCUGAUUAUGGAUGGGUUUGUGUAUGCGUUCGGAGUGUUUUAUAUUGAAUUCCUGGACUAUUUUGGAAGUGACAAGGGGACGACUGCAUUGAUUGGAUCGUUAUUGAAUGGGAUGUAUCUAUUUGCAGGUCCGAUAGCUAGCGUAUUGACCAAUCGAUUUGGACCUAGAGUUGUCACCGUAGUUGGUGGUAUUAUUUCAUCCGCUGGUUUUGCUGCAAGUGCCUUUGCUCCUAAUAUAUACUGGUUGUGUGUUACAUUCGGUGUUAUUCCAGGAAUUGGUGCUGCCUUUAUGUACGUCGCAGCAAUAUCAUGUGUUGGACAAUACUUUGAUAAGAAGAGAGCUUUUGCCAUGGGCAUCGCUUUGUGCGGAACAGGAAUCGGCACCUUCGUUUUGGCGCCAUUUACUGAAUAUUUAAUUGAAUUAUACACGUGGAGAGGAGCAGUUCUAAUUGCCGCUGGUAUUAUGUUAAAUUGUGUAGUUGGUGGGUUAUUUUUCAGACCUAUUAAUUUGAAAAUGAAACUAGAAGAGACAGAGUUCCUAGACAUAAACCAAAAGGAGGUUAUACAUGCCCAGGAUUCCUCUGAAGAAAAAUCUUCGUUAAUUAUUGGUAAAAGUGACAGUUAUCUUUACAAGAAAAGUUCAGAUUUGUGUGAUUCAAACGUAACCAGAUCUCAGUCCAAUAUGUAUACACAUACACACAAAGACAUUGUGCUUAACACAAGUACAUCGUCCAUUUCGGGUCCAAAAACAAUCAAGAGUACAAAAAUAAAGCUAUGGACAAAUAUUGAUCAUUUCCUAAAGAAAUUAUACACAAUAUUCGGAUGUUCAAUGUGUUUAGAUAUUGUGUAUAUAUUUUUCGUGAUAAGUAGUUGCUUCGGAUCAGUAGGUUCAGGAAUACCUUAUAUCUAUAUCCCUGAUCGAGCCUACGAAGUGGGAAUAUCAAAAACAGACGCUUCUUUUCUACUAUCAGUAGCUGGCAUGGCUAACACUGUGGCACGAUUAGUAUUUGGGUGGAUUGCAUCUCGAGAAUUUGCAAAUCCAUCUAUAAUAUAUGGAAUUAGUAUACUACUUUGUGGAUUAUCAACUUUUGUUUCACCUUUUAAUGAUAGUCACUCCUUCCUCGUGUGUUAUAGUGUUCUAUUUGGUGCAUCCGCAGGUGUAUACAUAUGCUUAAACGCUAUUGUUUUAGUUCAUUUUGUUGGAAUAGAUAAUUUGACUAGUUCCUUUGGUAACAUGUUGCUAUUCAAAGGUCUUUUUCUGUUGAUUGGAACACCGGCUGCAGGUUGGCUUUUCGAUGAAACCGGAAGCUACGCCAUUACUUUUUAUUCCGAUGGAGUCAUUCUGUGUCUGUCAUCAAUAUUGUUGUUUAUUGGAUAUGCUCUCCAUAUAAAUAAACAAAAGAAAUCAAGAGAAACGUCGAAUGUUUUGUACGAAUGAAAUAUUGGAGCUUAUAACACAAAACUAUUGGAAUUCACGGGAGAUUGAUUUAACGACUAAAUGUGAUCGAUGAAGAGUUUGUAUCCGACCUACCGAACAAUUCACAAACUGGUUCUUGAUUAAUAAAGGGACUAUGAUACACUCGUGCGCCUGGAUUGUUUGCUAUAUUUAUCAGUAACCUUGUUCAUCCGGUAAAAUUGAAACAGAGGAAAUUGAAUGUGUCCUACCGCAUGUGUGCCCUCAAAAUCAGAUAGUCGUUUUAGAAACACGAACAGGGAUUAACAGAACUACGUUAAAAACUUUGCUGUUUGACUUUAAACAUUUCGGACAACCAUCGGGAUACGAGUUGUAACAAUGUGAGAUCCAUCACAAACAAAUAUAGACCUGCAGAUUAAAUUCUUUUUGGAACAAAGUGUUUUAUAAAUGAGCCUAUAAGGACAUGACGACGAAUAGUUGACAUUUGUAUUGUAAGCUUUUAAAAAACAAAUAUUUACUUCAGACAAUUAUUCCAUAAAAUAAAAAUGAUAAAAAAAC